AUGGCGCUCCGCGUCGCCGUGAGCGCGAUCGCGGCGUCCACGGCGUGCGCGGGGGCGAUCGUGGGCUACGGCUACGCCCUCGGUGGCGUCGAUCGGGGGUGUUCGUGCGCGAAAGAGCGCGUGCGGGGACGUGAAAGGAAGGAUGCGUACGCUCGAGAGGCGCGCGCGUUCGACGCGAGCGUCGGUUCGAGCGAGUAUUGGAGCGGUAUCGAGGGCAUGCGGGCGCGGUUACUUCGGGCGCACGCGCGCGGGGGGGUCGUGCUCGAGGUGGCGUGCGGGACGGGAAGAAAUUUUGCGUAUUACGACCCGAGAGCGGUGACGCGCGUGCGGGCGAUGGACGCGUGCGAGGAAAUGGUGGAGGAGGCGAGGAAGAAGCCGAGCGCGGUGGCGACGACGGUUGAGGUCGGGGACGCGCAGAGAAUGCGAGGGGUGAAGACGAAUAGCUGUGACGCGGUGGUGGACACGUUCGGGCUGUGUUCGUACGACGAUCCCGUCGGCGCGCUGCGAGAGAUGGCGCGCGUGACGAAGAGAGACGGAGGACGCGUGUUGCUGAUCGAGCACGGACGAAGCGAUUACGGGUGGUUAAAUAAUAUUCUGGAUCAUUUCGCGGACGCGCACGCAGAGCGUUGGGGAUGUUACUGGAAUCGACCCAUCAUGAAGCUCAUCGAGGACGCAGGUCUUGAGGUGGUUGAAAAGUCGACGCACCAUCUCGGGACGACAUUCGUCGUCGUCGCGAAGCCGCGGGAGGCCGUCAAUUAG